UGAUGCGCAUGGUGAUGCGCAUGCCUUGGCCAGGGCGGCCGGCGAGGGCGGAGUGGCAGUGCCUCUGCCGGCAUUUCACUGCCUGCUGCGUCAUUAUUUUGUAUAUUUAUUUUCAAAGGAAUGGAAAUUCGCGUUGAAUCUUAAUCCUCUCUCGGAGGAUGACUUAUCCUGAUGUCUCUUUAUUAAGCCUUAAGGAAAGUAGGUUGCUUGUACCAUAGAAACUAUACUGAUGAGAUUUUUACGAAGGCUUUUCUUAAUUUCCUCAGAGUUAGGCACAAAAAGGCUGCUCGCGUAUCGGAUAAAGUGUUAGGUGUUUGAUAGUUCCUAUAGUAAGCUCGUCUGUUGAGGAACGUUUACCACAGACUUCAGCCAGGAUUGCAAUUGGUUCCCUUCAGACCGAUUCGUUCAUUCGGUUCAUCCAUCUGUGUUGUCUCUGUUUCGGUGUAUUUCGGGUUUCCCAAAUUUCGUGUCGUUUCUGUUAGCCGUUUAGUGGAUUAUGCACGUAAUACUGUGGCCAGAUAUUUUGUCUUCAGUUUUAAAGAUUUAAAAGGGAUUUGCAAUGCGUUGCUUCUUUGUUAUGAUAAUUCAAGCAAUUGCUUUCUCAGUGCAAAACAAUUUUGUUAUGAAUAAGUCUUAGGUAAGGCAACAAAACGUCAUCACAGCCGAAUCCGAAAGAAAAAAAGGAUCAUUAACCAAAGAUUUUUGUGUUCUUGUAAACUACCUAGAAAUUCAUUGAACAUUGUUGGGUUUCCUAGCCUUUCUGAAUUAUAUGUACCACUGUGCUUGGGAGACGGAGUCAAUAGAUACCUAUAAUUUCUCUCGGUUUGUAUAUAGAUAUAACACUAGGUUAAUGCUGUAUUCAAGAUAUACCGCAGUGCACAACUAUAUAUAUAUUUUUUUCCCUUUGACACGUAAUUUGCUUUUAUGAAGAGAAAAGAAAACAAAUACCUGUUUUUUCUCUCACCCAUUUUUCAUUCCCAAUGAAUAGCUUACGACGACAUUCACUGCCCAUAUUUUCAAGUAAUACAGGUAAGCCAGACUCAUUACACAACCCCAUGGCGAUCACGUGACUUUUAUACCUCAGUGAAGCGGUAAUCAGAAAAAAAUAGUGUAUAGAAAACAGUACAACUUCUCACGAGAUGAUGAUGCUUGACCUGCUGGAUUGACCCGGAGGUGAAUUCUGACCUUUUUCCGAAUGUGUCACCUCGGCUCCGCAGCGCAGGCCAGGAAGUUGCUUGAGCUUGGCGUGUCAGUCGGUUUACAGAUUAACUGAUACUAAUGGUAAUUAUCAACAUCACAGUAAACUGCCUUGAGAAUAAGCUUGUAUUACUUAUCUAGAUAUUCAAAGAUGAUACUCAUGAACCAUGUUUCACAGACAACAACAAGGCAUCUAUUUUUAAGACAUUAGUACGAGGAAACGUUACAAACCCAAUGAACCAUGAGCGGAGGCCGUCUAUCCGUGCGACGUUUUCCGUCCAGAGCAACUGAAGCAGGAGGCCUGCGGCGCGGCGGCGUCGCGGGCGUCGCGGGCGCUGGGCGGAGGCCCCGCGAGCCGCAGGAGGCGGAGGCCCGAGCGGAACCAAUGAAAGUCGCAUUGCUAUUUUCCUCUUUAUUUUGGGUCAUGAUGAUUUCAAGACCCUGUCUUGCCUUGGGAGUUCGUUGUUUCUUGGGGCAUGCCUUAGCGUCAUACGCAUGUCAAUGCAUUUUUUAAUUUAUAAUUUUCCUUCAACUAUUUUAAGUAUAAUCAGGUGACAUCUUACUUAGUCUUCCAAUCAUAUAUUCAUCCGUAUUUUUUCGACAUUAUCCUAUUUAAAGUCUUUGUCAAAUACAUUGUUCAUCUUACAGACUUGUAAACAUGUAGUCCCCUUGUGGCUACAACUCUUAAGCUUAUAGAUUUAAGCUUGUAGUCUUUCUGGCUGAUAGACAUAAGCUUCAGUCUUCAAGCUUCCAGUCUUUUGAGCUUACGAACUGUAAAGCUUCCAGUCACUGAGUUUACGUUCUCUUGCGCCCGGGGUCCAGAGACUCCACGGCGGAGACACUUUCAAGCUUACUGACUAUCACGUAUAUUCAGCUUGGACUUUCAAUACUAAUCUUCUGCUUACAAUUUCCACCAUGAUAUAUUUCCUCUAUAUUUUCUCUCUCUCACCUUCUCGUAUUUCUGGAAUAAAUGUGAUGAUUUUAGAGUAAAUAUAUGGGCUAAUAUUGUAAAUAUGGCUGUACAAUAAAUAUGUAUACAAA